AUGAUCAGAAUGUAUGGCGCUUCACACGAAUGCAUGGACUACCCUAUCCCGGGUAAGCUGUUCUCAUCUAAGUCGAGAAAGGUAGAAAACCGACCAGAUGCAAGUCUACAUGACAUGGCUCUACACCAUCUGAUUCGACAAGAAGGAAAACCAUACGCUACUAAGAUCAGAGAAUUUGACAAAUACUUUCAGCAAAUCAGUAAUCUUUCGUCAAUUAUACAUGAAGGUCAAGGUGAGGAGUUUAAAAGCAAAAUCAAAAAGUACAACUCUUUGCUCACAGAGGCUGAACAGAAAGAAUUACAGAAUUAUGAUGUAAUCUUCUGCACAACAACUAUGACAACAAAUUCCAAAUUUAUUCGCUCCACCAAAAACAGAAUCUUUCAGUGCAUUAUUGACGAGAGCGGAAUGUGCACAGAACCGGAAACUCUAGCUACCAUCAUCGCCACCAGAGCGGAACAAGUGGUUCUGAUCGGGGAUCACAAACAACUCAGACCGGUAGUCAUGUGUCAACAUGCUGCAAGACUUGGACUGGAGAAAUCCCUCUUUGAGCGAAGGUCAAAUACGGCAAUCCUCCUUUCAACACAGUAUCGAAUGAAUCCACGGCUAUGUGACUUCAUUUCUGCUCAGUUUUAUAACAAACAACUCCAGACAGCACCAUCGUUUGCAUGGGAAGAACCAAAUCCUCUGGCUUUGUGGAAACACCCAGCUGUUCCACACAUCUUCUGUCACGUGGAUGGAGUGGAAGAAUAUCUGGCAGUAUCCAGUAACGAGGGAAAUGAACAAUCCUGCAGCAAUAAAGCAGAGGUGGAAAAAGUGCUGGAAGUGUUCAAACGCAUUGUAACCAAAGAGGGAGUGAAACCGCUGUAUGUCAACAUUAUAUCUCAGUACAAUGCCCAGUGCCACGCCAUACGGUCGGCCUUGGUGAAUACCGGCUACAUUAACUGUAACGUUCACACAGUUGUCGCCAGCCAGGGUGGAGAAUGGGAUUACGUCAUUUUCAGUACCGUAAGAUCAUUACCUGACUAUAGAAUUGAACCAAACCCAACCAUUGGUUGGUGUAAACAGAAUUUGGGAUUCAUCAGUGACGAACACCAGAUCAACGUUGCCCUUUCUAGAGCCCGCAAAGGACUCGUCAUUAUAGGGAACAAAAAUCUUCUGAGGUGCGAUGCUGUUUGGAAAUCCCUGUUAGAAUCGUACACGGACAGAGAUUGCGUCGUUGACGCCAAGGACUUUCCACCACCGCUCGUCAGGCGUCCUAAAACACGGCGGAAUAUGGCAAACGCCUCACGAAUGUCCUCUGAAGAGUUUUACCGUGGCACCGAUCGGGAAUCGAACCUUUAA